GAAAACAAAAAGGAAAUCCACAUCGGCUUCACCAGGACUGGUAAAUUUCUAAGUUUUGUUUUCCAUUCCAUCUUUUUGUUAUUAUUGUCAUUUUUUUUAUAAAACUUGUAGGCACGAUACUUGCUGAUUUUCAGUGUCAUGUUUUUGUUUUUUUCUUCAGUAUAAACAUAUUUCUUUCACCAUUGGUUAAUUUUCUUUCUACAUAUAUAUAAUAUUUCUACUGAUUUGCAUUCAUUUUCUAGGCCCGCACUGUUCGUGUGUCAUCCACCAGUGUCAAGGCUCGAAUCGCUGACAAACUAGGGCUUUCCAAGCCUCCUGUCGGCCGGUCAAUACCACUUCAGAAGUUACCCACCAAUGCCCGGCAGGAGGGUGGUGCAGGCCGGGCGUCAACAGAAUAUGGAGCAGCUUCAUUCUCUAUACUGGGCAGCAAGGAUGAGCUCUAUCUGUUUGCUGAGUAUGUUGAAACUGUCAGUUCCUAAAACUGUUAUUUUGGCAUGAGUGUCACUGACUAGCCUAGGCCAUUGUUUAGUUAUUGUCUAGUAUCACUGACUAGCAUAGACCAUUGUUUAGUUAUUGACUAGUAUCACUGACUAGCACAGGUCAUUGUUUAGUAUUGUCUAGUAUCACUGACUAGCAUAGGUCAUUGUUAAGUUAUUCUCUUAGUAUCACUGUCUAGCAUAGGCCAUUGUUUAGUUAUUGACUAGUAUCACUGACAAGCAUAGGUCAUUUGUUAGUUAUUCUCUUAUUAUCACUGAGUAGCAUAGGCUAUGGUAUCACUGACCAGCAUUUCUAAUGGUGCCAAAUUCAUCUGACAUUUAACUCUCAAUAUAUUAUAGGAGUGGGGUGGGGACAGAGUUUUGAAAAGUCCAUCUUUCCAGGGAAAAUGGAUGCGCCUCAGGAAUGAAAAUUGAAACUUUAUCAAACGUAAUGGGCUUCAAUGAAACAAGAUGAAACUUCCAUAGAUCUGUCAAUCAUGUACAGCCCACCAACAAAUUUCUUUAAAAUAUUUUCAGAGUAAUUUCAAUAUCUGUUUUUUAAGUGUUAACCUCUGUGUUGCAAGUCACCUUCUUAACAUACCAAACACAAACUAUUUUGUUGACACCCUCCUUCAUAACAUACCAAACACGAACUAUUUUGUUGACACCCACCUUCAUAACAUACCAAACAUGAACUAUUUUGUUGACACCCACCUUCAUAACAUACCAAACACGAACUAUUUUGUUGACACCCACCUUCAUAACAUACCAAACACGAACUAUUUUGUUGACACCUACCUUCAUAACAUACCAAACACUAACUAUUUUGUUGACACCCACCUUCAUAACAUACCAAACACUAACUAUUUUGUUGACACCCACCUUCAUAACAUACCAAACACGAACUAUUUUGUUGACACCCACGUUCAUAACAUACCAAACACAACUUUUUGGUGAUUGUAGAUGAAAAGAAAACAUAUAAAAUUUCUGGUUUCAGUCAAGAAGGAGAAGAACCACAGGUAGUAAACCGCCCAGCCAUCCCAGCAGAGAGGCUUUUGUCUAGUUCUGCCAAGUCUUCUCAUCUGCCUCUCAGUUUCUCAUCAACCAAUUCAGGAAUGAAAAUUGAAACUUUAUCAAACGUAAUGGGCUUCAAUGAAACAAGAUGAAACUUCCAUAGAUCUGUCAAUCAUGUACAGCCCACCAACAAAUUUCUUUAAAAUAUUUUCAGAGUAAUUUUAAUAUCUGUUUUUUAAGGGUUAACCUCUGUGUUGCAAGUCACCUUCUUAACAUACCAAACACAAACUAUUUUGUUGACACCCACCUUCUUAACAUACCAAACACAAACUAUUUUGUUGACACCCUCCUUCAUAACAUACCAAACAUGAACUAUUUUGUUGACACCCACCUUCAUAACAUACCAAACAUGAACUAUUUUGUUGACACCCACCUUCGUAACAUACCAAACACGAAUUAUUUUGUUGACACCCACCUUCAUAACAUACCAAACAUGAACUAUUUUGUUGACACCCACCUUCAUAACAUACCAAACAUGAACUAUUUUUUUGACACCCUCCUUCAUAACAUACCAAACAUGAACUAUUUUGUUGACACCCACCUUCAUAACAUACCAAACACGAACUAUUUUGUUGACACCUACCUUCAUAACAUACCAAACACGAACUAUUUUGUUGACACCCACCUUCAUAGCAUACCAAACACGAACUAUUUUGUUGACACCCACGUUCAUAACAUACCAAACACAACUUUUUGGUGAUUGUAGAUGAAAAGAAAACAUAUCAAAUUUCUGGUUUCAGUCAAGAAGGAGAAGAACCACAGGUAGUAAACCGCCCAGCCAUCCCAGCAGAGAGGCUUUUGUCUAGUUCUGCCAAGUCUUCUCAUCUGCCUCUCAGUUUCUCAUCAACCAAGAGGUGACUGCCUAUUAAAAGCCAAAGAUUACUAUAUUUAACAUUAGUUUAUACUUUAGAUAGGUUGGGGAUUUUUGGGGUCUUUUAGAAUGUUAUAACUAACUUGAAAACAAUUAGAUUUUUAAAAAAAAAUCAAAAUUAAAACUCUUUUUGGAUUUUUUUGUAAUGAAUGAAGCUAGAGAUGUUGACUUUGUUUGUUUUUUUAACAUAUGAAAACCUGCCAUAAAGAAUCAUUAAGCAAAUUGUAAGACCUAAAAUCUGAAAAUAAGAUUUUCCAUGACAAAUUUUGUUUAUAGGAAAGUUAUAAAAGAGCCACCUGCUGCUUCUGGAGUCAGCUCGUCGACAGCCAGUGCAACCUUUGACCUCUUGGGCUCCAUCAUGCAGAACCAGGACCUGCUACACAAAGGGAGUCGUCAUGUUACUAUCAACAGAGAUGGUAGGGCAAGUUUUUUUUUCCUGUUUCUAUGUGACUAUACAUUCAGUUCAUUUUUAAAAACGUUUGGAUUGAUUGAGUUAAUCAAAUUGCCAUAUUCAAUUUAAGCAAUGGUAGCUCUGAAUUUUAGUUUAUAAAUUAGAAAUGUAAGGCAGCAUUUUCCACUCAUGCUCCCUUUGCAAGAAUCUCUGAUGCAGAAAUUGGUUUGUGUUUUUGGGAUUAGUUGGUCUUUAAUUGACACCUAAUUGAAUUUUGUGUCUACUUUAUUUUGUUUUGUUUUAUCAAAGGUACCCUGAGUGCAGCUAAGUCUGAAAGUAUCACGCAUUUAAAAAAAUCCCUGUCCACAUCUAAUCAGCCGGCUGUUCAAACGUCCCAAAGUUCAUCACUAGAUGGCGGUGCCACCAGAAGCACCGCCACAGUUUCUUGGUCCAGUGGAAGCCCUCAAGUGUCCAGUUCUCCUGGGUGUGUCUCUAGCCUCAAAGCCAAAUCUCCUGAUACCAGCCUGUCCAAGCUUCAUUCAGGCAGCACAAAAACUUCAACCCCUGUGUCAUCUCAACUUGCAGAAUUGGAGGCCCAGUUCAGAGAGGUCGCUGACUCAGAUGAAGAGCUGAUAUCUGCGGAAUCCGGCCUUGUAGAGGAUAAACCUAAAAUCACAAAAAUAUUCAGGGAUGGUGUUAAUGGAAGCCGGUCGGAAUUGAGAUUAAGUAGUGAAAUAAACCAUGAAGUAAGUUAUCUUCAGAGUAAGGUCAAUGAUGAAGUAGGAUUUCCAAUAAAACAAGAGGAUGUGACUGGUGAUGAGAUGUCCACUGGUGGUUUGGUGAAGGACAGUUCCAUGCUUGCUGAAAAAUGGAGUGUCAAAGAAGAGGAGGACUUGAGAGGCAAGUCCAUGCUUGAACAUGCAAAUUCAGGUGUCAGAUCAGGGGACAGUAUUCAUGUGGGCGGCAUUGGGGAAUUCAAUGGGCAUUACUUGGAGUUGGGUUAUCCUGUGAGCAAUGAUGUUCAAAGCACUUUGGAUAAAGACAUAGGAAAUGAACACAGUGACCUAACUGUGAACUCCAACUCAUUGCCAGCCAUGUACAACUACAAUGAGGUGACCCAGGAGUCUAAUCAUUUACCUGGUCAUAGAGACAAUUAUGAUGGUGGGAACAAUUUUAGUGCCCUAAAUGGUUCUGUCGGUGGGGAGGAGAAAUUUGUGAAGUCAGAAGCUGAUUGGUCUGUUGAUAAGGAGGAGGGAGAGGCCAGUGAUACAGAUGAUGAU